AUUGUACUGGUGAUUGAGGGUGCUGUUUUUGCUCCAUAGUCGGCUACUUCGUUACCAAUUAUUCCUACGUGAGCUGGGACCCAGAUUGGAUUGAGCUAAGGCUAUCUGAGAAGAUGACGCUUUUAGGGUACGCAAAAUGUCUUAUGAGUAUUAGUUUCGCCACUUCAGUCUUUUGGAUGUUUAUCAUGGCAAAUGGUUUCAACUUGAACUUGGAAAUGCUGAAAAACACAUUUCAAAGGAGGCCCAUCGAACUUUCGAUUAGAAAAGGAAAUCAUUCAUCGGUUAUUGCUAACCAUACAGAGGGAGAGAGCACCACGGCUAAAGAGACGUCUGCUAGAAAACAUAAUACUUCUGCAAAAGUUGGAAAAUUAAUCUUAUUAAAAAACAACCCACCAUGGAGUCUACAUUCGAUUGUAGUCAGAGAACUUUCUUUAUGUUCUGCUAAGUGCACACUCGUAACGUCUGGCAAUAACCUCAGCGCUUUUGAUGCUGUUAUAUUCAACGCAGUGGGUUAUCCAGAAAACCUUCCACCUAGAAAGGUCCCAGGACAAGUGUGGAUUUAUUUCACACUAGAAUCUCCAUACCACAGUCAUGACUAUAAGUUUAACAGGCCGGAAUGGAGAAACAAGUUCAACUGGACUAUGACAUAUAGAGAAGAUUCUAACAUAUGGUAUCCGUAUGGACGUAUACGUAAAAGAGAAAAACGUAUACAGUUAGAUUUUCAAGGAGUAACGAAAAACAAAACCAAACUGGUAGCGUGGUUUGUCAGUAACUGCAGAACGCCAGGCGAACGUCAUAAAUACGUCCAGAAGAUGAAGAAAACGAUUACAGUUGACAUUUUCGGACGUUGUGGAGAUAAACAAUGUCCUUCUAAUAAUCACACCCUCUGCGAUCAGAUGCUUUCUCGGGACUAUAAAUUCUAUUUGGCAUUUGAAAACAGUUUGUGUUAUGACUAUUUGACAGAAAAGGUAUUUCAUUACGUCAGACAACAAAUUGUCGUUGUGGUAAGGGGAGGUGCAAAUUACAGUAAAUUUUUACCUCCCAAUUCGUUCAUCAACACAGCAGAUUUCAAGAGUCCCAAGCUCCUUGCUGAAUAUCUUCUCUACCUGGACAAAAACCACACGGCGUAUGUGGAAUAUUUCAAGUGGAGGAAUCAUUACUAUGUGGGUACAAAUGAGUCGCCUGGUUGUCGACUGUGUAAAAAACUGUCAAAUGCUACAGCCUAUGCCAAUGUCUAUGAGGACAUUUACUCUUGGUGGCGUAAAGAUACUUGCAAGCAACCACAGGAUUUGAGUUCUUGAAACAACAUAUAUUCUAGCCCGAGUACUUCGCCGUUCGAGAGCUAGACGGACGUUUGGACGGUUAUGUAGAGAAUAACUAGUUAAUGACGUCGGAUAUCUGCUUUAUCCUGUGAAGGUUUCUCAUUCGGUCCGAACAGGAUAAAGCGGAUAUCUUACGUCAUUAACUAGUUAUUAUUUUUAUCCCGUAGACCAUAAAAAUUAAGCGGAAAAGCUAUUAUUUCUCUUAUUUCAGCCACAUUGUACGAUGACCUAGAGGUCAAAUGAACGAUUUUGUAAUGUAGGCUAUGCGUGUGACGUCACAUAAGUCAUAUUAUAUUGCUUUUUAUUAUCCACAUAGUUCAAGAUAUUCAGGGAAAUAUAAUCAGUAUGACAUACGUGUGUCAUAGUGACUACACGCGCACCAUGAAUGACGCAAUUUUGUGAAACUACGUCAUAACUUAAUAUGGCUUCCUCAGUGUAAACGUUUAUACAAAAUGACGUCAUAUAAGAAUUGUUUCUCACUUUUUAGGAAUUUAUCGAUGUAUAAAAGUCACAAAUGGUAUAAAAUCGCGUACUACAUUUGUGACUUUUAUACAUCGAUAA